AUGUUCAAUGGCUGUUUGACAAGAGGUGUGAAUGGUGGUACUGAUUGUGCUAGUUGUACGAUUGCUUUAGGUGUCAUUGAACACCUCUCCAUCUUAUAUAAUGAAACUAUUGUAGAAUCACUCGAACGCUUCUGUAACUAUUUACCUAGUGAUAUCAAAACAUAUUGUAAAAUUGCUGUCGACUUUCUGGGUCCGCUUAUUGUCGAUGGUUUUCUCAAAAAUGAAACGCCCGAUGUUAUCUGUCAUGCCCUUAAGCUUUGUACAGAUGAUUCAGGUCAACCUGAAUGUCGUUUAUUUCCAUCAAAAUCUUCGUCGAGUAUUUCUCUAUCACAAAGAGGAUCGAAUUUACGUCGCCGUUAUCCAUUACUGGCUCCGCUACUCACUUCAAAAGCAUGUGACCUUCCGGGUAUCAAGGAAAUCUGUAAAAUUUUCGAAGAUGUCUUUAACCAUCAUAUGCCUCUGGUUGAUAUCGAUGGGGAUCAUUUCGGUACUGAAUCAUCAUUUCGUGGUACUGCAUGGCGUGGUAAAGAUUGUGAUGAUUUUUCAUCGAAAAUUCGACCAGGUGCACGUUCAGUGAUGGGUGAUUAUGUUGUUGAUCAUAAUUGUAAUGGUAUUUUUGGUAUGAAUUCGGCAACUAACAAACCUUGGGAAGAAGAACUUUGUAAUGAUACACAACGUAUGGGCAUUGCUGUUUUGGGAGAUUCAGUUUCAGCUCAUUUUCAUAUACCAGAACAGUGGUUGGAUGCUCGGCAAUUAUCUGUAGGUGCAUUCGAACACUUGGUAUAUAUAAUUGGAAAUGAGCUCGAUUGGCCUCAAUUGUCUGGUACUACAGGUCAUAUCAAUAACACUUGGCCUAAUAUCGAAGGUACAACUCGAUCGUUAUAUGCUCGUCUCUUUGAUCUCGAUCAUUGUAACCAUCGAGAUUAUCAGAAUAUAGCAGUCAAUGGAGCUGACAGUGAAUCCAUUCUUAAUAUUGCCCAAACAUUAACGCGUGAUCAACAAAAUGAUGUACCAUUACUUGUAGUCUAUUCCUUGGUCGGCAAUGAUGUUUGCAAUGGUCAUGCAGAUACAAUUGCACGCAUGACUACUUAUCAAGAGAUGUACGAUCGUGUAUUGACUGAACUUGCUUAUCUCGAUACGAUACUACCCAAAGGUAGUCAUGUACUAACAACUGGUCUUGCUAAUGGAAGUCUUUUGUAUCAAUUACUACAUGAUCGCAUUCAUCCACUUGGUCGUGUCGGUCCACCGAUAACAUAUGCACAAGUCUAUUCAUAUCUCAUGUGCUUACAAAUUUCUCCGUGUAAUGGUUGGUUGACAUCGAAUGAUACAUUGCGAGCUUUUACUUCGGAACGAGCUGUUAAUCUAUCUAUAGCAGUUCAUGAUGCUACCAAUGCCUAUUCACCUAUCAAUUUCGAUACUGCCUUUUUGAACUUUCCAUUUGAUCAAGCGAUUCAGGAAUGGAUAUCACAAGGUGGUGAACCUUGGCAAUUGAUCGAAAGUGUUGAUGGGUUUCACAUUAGCCAAUAUGGUCAUGCGAUUACAUCUGAUGUUAUUUGGUCAUGGUUGCAAACAAAUAAACCUCAUUGGUUACCACCCGUUAAUCCACACAACGCCGACAUUGAACGAAUAUUUAAAGACCAAGGCGGAUAUUAA